AUGGUGGAGGAGGAGGAGGACGAAGAUGAGGACAGUGAGGAAGACCCUAAGAAAAAGAAAGGGAAGGAUAAAAAGGAGGCCUCCAAAGCCAUGGCUGGUGCCUCCCACCUGGUGAUGGGGCUGGCGGGCGAUGAUGCCAAGAAGAAGAAGGGGGCAAAGAAAGAGCAUGCCAAGGCUCAGCUGAAAGGGGCUACCAAGGCUAUGGCUGGUCUAGCUAGGAGGGAAGUGGAACCGCCCAAGUCCAAAAUGAAGAAGAGCCUGAAGAGUGCAUCCAAGCUCUUCAUGGGCUUCAAGAGGCUAGGCCUGAAGCGCUCCAAGAAGGGCCAGUUCAAGAACACCUCCCGGUUUUUCUGGGGGCUGAAUAAAUACAGCACGAAGAAGAAGAUGAAGAAGAACAAGGCAGUGCUGAAAUCCACCUCCAACCUCAUGAUGCGCUUCAAGAGUAUAGGGAAGAAGAAGAAGAAGAAAGAGGAGGCCAGUGGCAACCCGAAAAAGCCCUCUUUCCUGCUGAUACGGCUGGGAUUGGGCGGCGAGAAACCUAAGGAGGAAGGUGGGUUCUUCAGCAGCCUCUUCCGCCGGAGGAGAACGAAAGAGAAAUUCAAACCCCGGGCUCAGAUCCUGAGCAAAGCUGCUGCCGCCACCAGCUGGCUGACAAGAAAGUUCCUGUCCAAACGGGCCAGGCUUACCUACAAUGAGAGGCCCAUGAAUGAGGCCUGGCUGUCUAGGAUUGGAGCUAAGAAACUCCCCUUCCCCUCAGAGGACGAGAUUCUGAGGCACCGAGCCAACAUGAAAAGGUUCUCUGGAGCCAGGAGGCUCUAUGGUCAAGGGGAAGAGGAAUAUGGCUACCAGCCAAAUUUUGAACAUGGCGGCCUUGUGAGGCAGCCCUCUGGGAGGUUCUCACAGCCCGGGCCAAGCGGGUAUGAGGGCCCUGCAGUCCCACUGGACUAUUACAACUGUUACCAGGAUGACAGCAGCUUUUACGACCCGCAGGCCCCAGCUCAGUAUGGCUACCCUGAGGAGGAAAGCUACCUCCAGGCACCAACUGACUAUGCAGAUGGACACGACUUUCAUAACAGAUGGGUAUCUGAUUAUGAGGACGACCCUGGAUAUGAUAGGGAAGAAGAAUAUGAGCUUUAUGAAGAGCCCAUGGACUACUACGAUGAUCCGCUGCAAAACCAGUCUGACUACUACGACUAUGAAGACCAGGAUUAUGAGUCACCUUCUGGCUAUUCACCAUAUGAACCCUAUGACCAAUAUAGGAGCGAUAUGGAUUACUACGAAGAGCAAACAGGGCCAUACAGCUCUUUUGAAGACAGAUAUGGUCCUUCUGGAGGGCCCUACAACCUGAGGGUAGAUGAAAUGGGCUAUCUGGAUGAUUAUUCCCCUCAGCAUGAAAUCAGUUAUAGCGAAUACGAAUGGGACCCUCCAGCUCAGUCUUCCUAUAACCCUUAUGCGUAUCCCUUGGACGAUAUAACGGAGAUGGAUGAGCCAGAGGAGUUGGCGGAUGAGAAUGGAGAUUACCCUUUUAUGCUCCCUAAUUCUUCCUUCUUUGAGCAGCAGGGGAUCGAGGAAACGUUGCCUUCUAAACUGUCGUUAAACAGGAAGUUCAGGCUCUUCCCCAGGCCUCAGGUGAAGCUAUUUGGCAGAGACAAACUUGAUGUUCCCCUCCCUCCUUCUCCUCAUAUUUCCUUUGCCGGCGUAGAUCAAGAUGAGGAUGACUACGGUGAAUACGAGCCGCUGGCGCCUCCCUUUGCCCAGUUCAGUGUUGGGGAUCCCCAACCCUCAGUGACAUACGGCCGUGUUGGCCAGGGUCAUGGCAGCCGGCUUCCAAGGCCUCACUCUCCAAAGUCAAUGGGAAGCAGGUUCGACCCUGGUGGCCAGCAAGGCAAUGUCCAGGGGGCGCAUUUGCAAAGCUUCUCUCCGCGAGGAUGUGGGAGCCCCUUAGGACAGUUCUUACAAAGAUCCCUCACACAACCAAAACCCAUUUUAAAACACCAUGGGAGCGAGGUGAAGGGCAGGCCUCCCACGCCCUCUCCAGAGAAAUCACAUGACCGGCAUCCAUUUAUUGAGCCGUCCUAUAAAAAGUUUGGCCAUAAAUUAGCAGGGAUGGAGACCUUAGAGUCAGCACCUCUCUUGCCUAUGAGGAAAUUCGAUUACACAGUCAGUAACAACAACAACUCCCAAAGGCCUCCCUCCCCUCAGCCUUUAAGGAGAGAAGCAUGCAGCAGACCAGCAAAACUCCCUGCUGAGCUCUUUGAGAACGAGGACAUGUCAGGGGAGGAUGGCGUGGGGAGGUACGCCGUUGUCAUGCCGCAGGUCCAGAGGCUGGGCACCUUCAGAAGGAUGUCCUACAUGCACAAGCAGCACUGGUCUAAGCAGCAGAUGGUGAACGUCCGUGCGUCACCCAGCCCGUGGUCUUCUGAGAAACUGCUUCAUAACCCUCCCACUGAGAGCCUGAACAGGUGGUCGGGCCGGAGAGGAGACAGCACUGCUGGGUACCUGACCCACCGAUCCUCAGUGCAGAACCGGGGUGAUGGGAACCACUGGGAGCGUGGGAACACGGGCAAAAAACCGCCCUGGCACGAUAAGAUGCACUCCAUCCACAACCUGCCGUCUAGGAGCCCCCGAGAAGAGCCGAAGGAAGAUGGCGUGGAGGACAUGACCCAGCUGCAGGACCUCCAGGAGGGGGCAGUGCUGCAGAACAUCAAGACGAGGUUUGACCGUGAGUUAAUCUAUACCUACAUAGGCAGCAUCUUAGUGUCCGUGAACCCCUACAAAAUGUACAACAUCUACGGGACGGAGCAGGUGCUGCAGUAUGAAGGAAGGGCGCUGGGAGAGAAUCCCCCGCACCUCUUUGCUAUUGCAAACGUCGCCUACACCAAAAUGAUGGAUGCCAAACACAACCAGUGUAUUAUCAUCAGUGGCGAAAGUGGUUCAGGCAAAACGGAAGCCACCAAGCUGGUCCUGCGUUACCUGGCAGCGGUCAAUCAGAAACGCAAUGUGAUGCAGCAGAUAGAGAUCCUCGAAGCGACCCCCCUGCUGGAAUCCUUCGGAAAUGCCAAAACAGUGAGGAACGACAACUCCAGCAGGUUUGGGAAAUUUGUGGAAAUCUUUCUGGAGGAAGGCUUGAUCUGUGGUGCCAUAACCUCACAGUACCUUCUUGAGAAAUCAAGGAUCGUGUUUCAGGCCAAAAACGAAAGGAACUAUCACAUAUUCUAUGAGAUGCUGGCUGGCCUUCCUGCUCAGCAGAAGCAGCAAUUCUGCCUUCAAGAUGCAGAAACGUACUAUUACCUGAACCAGGGGGGUAACUGCGAGAUUCCUGGCAAGAGUGAUGCUGAGGAUUUCCGGAGGUUGCUCAGUGCCAUGGAGAUCCUGAACUUCAGCACCGAGGACCAGAACAGCAUCUUCCGAAUUCUGUCUUCCAUCCUCCACCUGGGGAACGUCUACUUUGAAAAAUAUGAGACAGACUGCCAGGAGGUCGCAUCAGUGGUGAGUGCAAGAGAGAUCCGUGCGGUAGCCGAGCUGCUCCAGAUCUCUCCAGAGGGGCUGCAGAAGGCCAUCACGUUCAAAGUGACGGAAACGCUGAGGGAGAAGAUAUUCACCCCCCUAACUGUGGAAAGUGCCGUUGAUGCCAGAGAUGCCAUUGCCAAGAUCCUGUACUCCCUGCUCUUCAGCUGGCUCACGGACAGGAUUAACAAGUUGGUCUACCCUAAAAAGGAGGCGCUUUCCAUAGCCAUUCUGGAUAUCUAUGGGUUCGAGGACCUCAGCUUUAACAGCUUCGAGCAGCUAUGUAUCAAUUAUGCAAACGAAUAUCUGCAAUUCUUCUUCAACAAGAUCGUCUUUAAGGAGGAGCAGGAGGAGUACGUCCGGGAACAGAUAGAGUGGAAAGAAAUCACCUUCAGCGACAACCAGCCCUGCAUCGAUCUCAUUGCUCAAAAGCCACAUGGGAUUCUGAGGAUCCUGGAUGAUCAGAGCUCCUUCCCUCAGGCCACCGACCAUACCUUCCUCCAGAAGUGUCAUUACCACCACGGCUCCAAUGCAUUAUACACCAAACCAAAGAUGCCUCUCCCAGAGUUCACCAUCAAACACUUUGCUGGCAAAGUAACCUACCAGGUGCACAAGUUCCUGGAUAAAAACUAUGAUCAAGUUCGCCAGGACGUGCUGGACCUUUUUGUCAACAGCAAAACCAAAGUGGUGGCCAACCUCUUCUUCGGCCAUGCCCAGUUGGUGGCCCAGCAGAGGACCAUGAUGGGGAAGAACAGCACAGUCACCCGGCGGUAUAAAGCACCGACGGUGGCAGCUAAGUUCCAGCAGUCACUCCUGGACUUGGUGGAGAAGAUGGAGAGGUGCAACCCGUUCUUCGUCCGCUGCCUCAAACCCAACAACAAGAAGGAGCCCGCUGUCUUCGAGGCGGACAUUGUCAGCAGCCAGCUCCGGUACUCUGGAAUCCUCGAGACCAUCCGCAUCCGCAAAGAGGGCUUCCCGGUUCGCAUCCCCUUCCAGAUCUUCAUCGACAGGUACAGGUGCCUCAUAGACAUCCGGCCUGGCAUCACCCCCGAUGGUGUGAGCUGCGUGGAGGUGCUGAAGAAGCUAUGUGCUGUGAGUCCCACCAUGUACUGCAUUGGAGUCAGCAAGCUGUUCAUGAAGGAGCACCUGUACCAGCUGCUGGAGAGCAAGCGGGACCGUGCCCUGCACCGGGCAGCGCUCACCCUGCAGCACUACGCCCGCGCCUUCUUCAUCAAGAAACGCUUCCGCUCGCUGCGCCGCAAGAUCGUCCUUCUCCAAAGCCAGUCCCGGGGCUACCUGGCCAGGCAGAGGUACAAGCGGCUGAGGAAGAGUCUGAUCAAGUUCAGGUCCCUGGUGCACAUGUACGUGAAUCGCAGGAGGUACCUCAAGGUGAGAGCAACAUGGACGGUGACGGGUGUCUCUGUGCUCUGCUCUCAGGAGCUGACCAAGAGGGAGGUGGUGGAUGUAACGCACCUGGAAGUCCCCGCUGAGUUGGCGGGGCUGCUGGAGCUGGCGGCAGCUCACAAGCCGGUGAAUGCUCAGUGCAUCGUUCCGGUCCCUGCGCCCAAACUGCAAAUGGACUCCCGGCUCACCCUGCCACUCGACAUCAACAACUACCCCAUGGCCAAGUAUGUGCGGGUCCACUUCCAGGAGCCGUUGUUCGGGAUGCUCACCGCGCCACUGGCGUCCCCGCUGACCCAGCUGGAGGAGGAGCUGGUGCAGGAAGCGCUCAGUCUGUUCAAACUGAUUCUGCGCUUCAUGGGCGACCCGCACCUCGGCGGCACCCCGGAGAGCCUGUUUGGGAACUACAUCGUGCAGAAGGGGCUCUGGGCGCCGGGCCUGCGGGACGAGAUCCUGGCUCAGAUCGCUAAUCAGGUGUGGCGCAACACCAACGUCAACAACGAGGAGCGGGGCUGGCUCCUCCUGGCCGCCUGCCUCAGCGGCUUUGCCCCCUCUGCCGGCCUGGAGAAACACCUGCUCAAGUUUGUUUCCGACUACGCCUUUGAUGGCUACAAGCCGGUGUGCCAGCACAAGCUGAUGCAGGCCAUGCUGAGGUCCCGGCUUGGCCCUGAGGCGGCCCGGGCCUACCCACCGUCGCUGCUUGAGUGGACAGCCAACAGGCAGAGAGCAAGCAUGGCCUUGGACGUCUACUGCUUCAAUGGUGACUACUUCUCCUGCCCCAUCCAUUCCUGGAGCACAGGGGAGGAGCUGGCAGGGGACGUGCUGAAGCACAGGGGGCUGACGGAAGGCUGGAGGGGCUGGUCCAUCUCCAUGAAGGAUGGCGCCCAGUGGGCCGAGCUGGCUGGCCACGAUUACAUCCUGGACCUCGUUUCCGACCUGGAGCUGCCCAGGGGCUUCCCCAAGCAGAAAUCUUAUUUCAUCGUCGCUUCAGAGGGGGUGGACAAGGGCAGCAGCACCGCCAGCACAGUAUUCGGACAAGGCUUGGAUUCGGACGAGGAAGUCCCUCCUCCCCCACUCACAAAGGCCCCCACUCUGCCGCCUCCAAACACCCCUGACUCAGAUGGAUAUUACAGUCGUGCAGAUUCCGACACCGUCAGCGAAGCUCGAACACACAAGGGGUUGGAUCGUUACCUGGACAGUCUGUUUGACCCGGUCCUGUCCUAUGGGAAUGGGGACUUGGAGAAGCCGGCUGCUGUCUCCCGGAAGAUGAAAGGAGGAGGCCGAGUAGGAGGUGGGGGCAGCAAUGUGGACCAAGGCAGUGCCAGAGCACCCAUGGAGAUGCCCCAGCAGACUGGUUUGCAGGAGCCCGGCUUGGUGCUGCAGCGCGACCACAUCAAGCAGCAGGCCCUGCUCCGGGCUCGUCAGAUCACCAGGCAGCAGCAGCAGGCGGACGGCACAGCCUCCCCCAACGCCUCCCAGGCCACCAGCCCCAGACCUGCCGACCGAGCCCCCAGCACAGUCCAGAGCGCGCCCGGCACGGCACUGCCGCAGCAGAGGACAGCUGUGAGCGGGACACCAGCCAGGACGGCGGCCUUCUUGCAGAAAGCCGCUCCUGCCUCCAGGCUGCGGGCCGGCGAGCUGGUGCGGCCGGCCAAGCUGAGCUCGCAGCACUUCCCCGAGCCCACACAGCACAUUAAGAACAUCAUUAAGCAGUGCCAGCGGCCCGCCAGGCUCCCCGAGCCCAUCAGGAAGGAAGGUGGGAAGGUCUUUGUGAAGAAGAUGGAUCCCCAUGAGGAGGCCAUGAUGAUCUUAAAGGGGCAGAUGUCAGGGUUGGUCUCCACCUCUGUGUUGUAGGUGGCCAAGGAAGCAGUAGCCAUGGUGAAGCCUGUUACCAGCACCAAGAGGCCUUCGCCGCCAUCACCAGCCGCCGUUCCCUCACCGGCUCUCCCGGCCGAGCGCGAGCAGGUCCAGACGCAGCUGCACCGGUGCUGCAGCGAGGAGUUCUACGCCUACCGCAACGUGUCCUGGAAGAUAUACAUCCGGAAAGAGGUGUUCUAUCCAAAGGAUAACUUCAACAACCCUUUGUUGCUGGAUCUCAUUUUCAGACAGAUCUUCCACGACACGCUCUCUGACGCCUGCCUCAGGAUCACCCCGGAGGAGCGGCUGCGCAUGAGAUCCCUCUUCGCGGAAAACAAGCUGGACUCAUUCAGCCCGGUGGCCGAUGACAGCGUUAAGAAGGAGAUUGUGAUUGCAGCCCGGGACGGCUGGGAGGUUUACUUCGCACGCCUCUUCCCCGCCACGGGCAGCGUUGGCACGGGGGUGCAGAUCCUGGCAGUGUCCCACACGGGGAUUAAACUGCUGCGGCUGGUCAAGGGCACCAACGUGCCCGGGGAGCAGCUACGGGUGCUGCGGGGCUACAGCUACACCGAUAUCCUGUUCGUGACCAUCCCCUCCAAGCAGAUGCUGGAGUUCAACCUGACCAACGAGAAGCUCAUCCUCUUCUCCCCGAAAGCCCCCCAGGUGAAGGCCAUGAUCGACUAUUUCAUCAUGGAGCUCAAGAAGGACUCGCAGUACGUGGUUGCCGUGAAGAGCUACGUUACAGAUGACAGGAGCCUGUUGAGCUUCCACAAGGGGGACAUCAUCCACCUGCAGCCGCUGGAGCAGCCUGAAAGAGACCACUGGCACGGAUGUGUGGUCCGCAAGAAGGUGACGUACCUGGAGGAGCUGAAGAGGGGCACCCAGGACUUUGGGUGGAAAUUCGGUGCCAUCCAUGGGAGGUCGGGGCGCUUCCCCGCUGAGUACGUCCAGCCUGUGGCAGCCCCAGAUUUUAUCCACCUGCCAGCGGACAGGAAGGAGGAGCCCAAGAACAAGCAGGGCAAGGUGGCAGCCUCGGCAGCCGUGGCAGUGGCCGUGGCCUCCACGGCCGUGGCUCAGAAGCUGGACAGGAAGAUCGAGGUGUCCCCCGUGGGCAGCGACUAUGCGGAGAGCGUGGAGGAGUAUGGCGGCGAGCUUCCUGGGGACAGUGCCCUGCAGGGCGGGCAGUUCCCCAUGCAGGAGUUUGCCAAGAAGUAUUUCCGGGAGGCGCAGAAGACGAAGACGGAUUCCUGCAAGCAGAAAUCCCGGAAAGGGAAGGACUCGCCGGACGUAGCGGAGAUGCUGAAAUUCACCAAGUGCCCGCUCCAGGAGUCGCUGAUCGAAUUCCCUGACAGCUGCCUGAACAGAGCCGCAGCCGAGGCCUUCCAAGCCGUGAUGAAGUUCAUGGGCGACUGGCCUCUCAAGGGGCAGACGGAGCUGGACGUCGUCUGUGCUGUGCUCAAGCUGUGCGCUGACCAGGAGGUCAUGAGGGAUGAAGUGUAUUGCCAGAUCGUCAAGCAGACCACGGACAACACCAGCCCCAAGAUGGACAGCUGUCAGAAGGGAUGGCGGCUGCUCUAUAUCCUGACCGCCUACUACAAGUGCUCUGAGGUCCUGAAGCCCUACCUGCUGUGGCACCUCCAGGAGACCUGCAGGAGCCCGGGGGCGCAGUUCCAAGGGAUCGCGAAGGCCUGCGAGCAGAACCUCAGGAAGACCUUCCAGUUUGGUGGCCGGCGCGAAUUUCCCAGCAGCAUGGAGCUCAAAGCCAUGGUGGCCGGCCGGAGCGCCAAACGCCAGCUGUUUCUCCUGCCGGGAGGGAUCGAGAGGCACCUGAAGAUCAAAACGUGCUCGGUUGCGCUGGACGUGAUCGAGGAGAUGUGCUAUGAAAUGGGGCUGCAUCGGCCCGAGGCCUUUGACGAAUACGUCAUCUUCGCUGUUACCAACGGAGGUCAGAAUGUCCGCCCCUUGAGCAGACGGGAGUAUAUCCUUGACGUGGCCACGGAGAUGGAGCAAGUGGACAACAGCUACAUGUUCUGGUACCGGCGCGUCAUCUGGACCCAGCCGCUGAAAUUUGACAACGAGCUGUAUGUCACCAUGCAUUAUAACCAGGUCCUGCCCGAUUAUCUCAAGGGGCUUUUCAACAUCCUACCUCCCCUGCAACCCAGCGAACAGCAGUGCCAGCAGGUCUCCAAACUGGCAGCCCUCCAGCACCGGGCCAAGGACAGCAUGUACCUGCCCACCGUCCACGAGGUGCAGGGUUACGUCCCGCCCCAGUUCUGCCGAGCGCUGAAGGCUCAGUCGUGGCUCAACCUGGUGCUGCAUCGUAUGCCGCAGGUCCAGGCCCUGAGCGCCCAUCAGGCCAGAGCUCAGUUCCUAGGGCUCCUGAGCGCCUUCCCCACGUUCGGCUCUUCCUUCUUCUACAUCCAGAGCUGCAGUAACAACACCAUCAUCUCGCCGUGCAUCCUGGCUGUCAACCAGAACGGCCUCCACUUCCUCAACAAGGACACCCACGAGCUGAUUGUGAAGUUCUCGCUGAAGGAGAUUCAGUCCACGAGGACCCAGCGGCCCACGGCCGGCUCCAGCUACCCCUACGUGGAGAUCAUGCUGGGAGACUUGAUGUCACAGAGGAUGACGCAGCUGCAGCUGGAGCAGGGCCUAGAGUUGUGCCGCGUGAUCGCCACCCACAUGGAGAGUCUGUUGUACGCUCGCGAGAAGAGACUCACCCUCCCUCCCAGUGAGAUUACGUUGCUCUGAUCAGGCAUGUUACACACACGCACACUCGCACACUCCCUCCCUAACAGCUACUUGAGUGAAAGCCAGCAUGGAGAUAAGCAAAUAUCUCUGUGUCCUGGGAGAGGCAAUGUAGACUAAAUAUAGACACUGAUGGGACAGAUUCCCAGCUGGUUCGAGUUAGCAUAGCCCCACCGAUUUCAGUGGCCUGGGGCUGCUGAGGGGCUGGGAUGGGGGACUUACAGACCGUAUGUGAGGUCUGAGGAGUGCAGAGUGUGGGGAAUGCAGUCUGGCCAGUUAACAGGUGAACACAGAUGCCUUAAUUUAUGUUUAAUAACUGCCCUCCUGGACAUAGGGUGUGACCUUUUUCCAGAAUCAAGUGUAUUUAAUCCAUUAUUUUAGUAGCAACAUAUUAACAGAUUGUCUUUGAGCAGGACAUGCCCAGUUUUGCACAUCUGCCUGUACCAAGGACCUGGCAAUCCAACUGCUCGCGUGGUGCAUACACCAGAUGGCUUUUAUUUGUGUUCGCUCCCGGUUUUUUGGCCUUGUUUGUCCUGUGAUCUAAUUCUCAUUUUUAUAAGUGUCAUUGGCGCCUGUAUUUGUAUACUGGUCUGUAGCGCUGGCCCUGUAAAUGGCUUCCCGUUUUUGUAACUUUUUUGCACUCAACGUUGCUUUGAGAUUUUAUUUUUGUUUCUAAUUUGUGCAAAAUUAAA